CUCACCAUGACCAAAUCUUACAGCGAGAGCGGGCUGAUGGGCGAGCCCCAGCCGCAGGGUCCCCCGAGCUGGACGGACGAGUGCCUCAGCUCUCAGGACGAGGAGCACGAGGUGGACAAGAAAGAGGAAGACCUGGAGGGCCUGCACGCCGAGGCUGAGGAGGACUCGCUGCGGAACGGCGAGGAAGAGGACGAGGAGGACGACCUGGACGAAGAGGAGGAAGAAGAGGAAGAGGAGGAGGACGACGACCAGAAGCCUAAGAGGCGUGGCCCCAAGAAGAAGAAGAUGACCAAGGCGCGGAUGGAGCGGUUCAAGCUGCGGCGCAUGAAGGCCAACGCCCGAGAGCGCAACCGCAUGCACGGCCUGAACGCGGCCCUGGACAACCUGCGGAAGGUGGUACCCUGCUACUCCAAGACACAGAAGCUCUCCAAGAUCGAGACUCUGCGCCUGGCCAAGAACUACAUCUGGGCGCUCUCCGAGAUCCUGCGCUCGGGGAAGAGCCCUGACCUGGUCUCCUUCGUGCAGACGCUCUGCAAGGGCCUGUCGCAGCCCACCACCAACCUGGUGGCCGGCUGCCUGCAGCUGAAUCCACGGACUUUUCUUCCCGAGCAGGGCCAGGAGGUGCCUCCUCACGUGGCGGCGGCGGCGGCGGCGGGUGGCCCCUUCCCGGCCCACCCCUACCCGUACCAGUCGCCGGGCCUGCCCAGCCCGCCCUACGGCACCAUGGACAGCUCCCACCUCUUCCACCUCAAGCCGCCACACGCCUACGGGGCCGCGCUCGAGCCCUUCUUCGAGAGCGGCCUGGCGGAGGGCGCCAGCCCCGCCUUCGACGGGCCGCUCAGCCCGCCCCUCAGCGUCAACGGCAACUUCUCCUUCAAGCACGAGCCGGCCGCCGACUUCGACAAGAGCUACGCCUUCACCAUGCACUACCCCGCGGCCGCCGCCGCGCUGGCCGGCGCGCCCGCCCACGCCGCCAUCUUUCCGGCCGCCGCCUCUCGCUGCGAGAUCCCGGUCGACGGCCUGGCGCCCUACGAGGGCCACCCCCACCACGAACGGGUGCUCAGCGCCCAGCUCAACGCCAUCUUCCACGACUGA